GCCCAGUUUGUUUUGACGUCUCCUGGAGAAAGGAAGUAGCUUGCAGCAGUUGACAUUCGUUGUACGUUUGAGCAACCGGACGUGGUUGGAGUUGUUCCGCGGAAGCAACAACAGCAAUGAAAACGAAUUUGUAGCCACACUAUGUUGCACUGGCCUGUAGCCUUUAUUGAAUAUCUCAGAAACUGUGUUGCAACUGUUGUAGCACACUAGGAAGUAGGAACGUGGGCCCAAAGAAAAUGCCGUCCUCCUGGCUAAUGUACAUAUUUUUAUAUGUCUUGGUCUGUGAUGGAGUUGUAGCACAAAUGGAAAAUCGGGUGGUUUUCCUGUUCAACACCUUUCAGAACGUGAAUGUGAAUGAGAACGAGACAGUGCAGGCUGUGGUCUCCAGAAUCCCCCUUGACGUGGCCUUUAUCACCCUCCAGUUCCACACACAGCACAGCAAUGCUACGCUGUCCUACACCAGGAUGCCAGAGAUUGGCCUCUCUCUAACAGCGGUGGACUCAGGCCUUCUCUCACCCCUGAUCCCCGGUCAGACCAAGCUCUCCUGGUUCCUGCUGGCCCCUGAUGGGGACUCUGUGGCCGGCACUGGGGUCAUCCUCCCCUACACCAGCUCUGACCCAGUCCCUGGAGCUUGUAAUCUGGCGUUUGACCUGGACAUUGACCCAAAUAUCUAUCUCCACUACAACAUUUUUGAGACUACAAUCCGCUUUGGACCUGCAAAUAUUGGAUAUUCAAGGGGCUCCAAUCCGCCCGCCUGUGACACUGAAGUAGGUGAAAACACUCGAUGGCGCCUGAGGUAUGACAUCUACCAGUACUUCCUGCCUGAGAGCGACCUUUCAGAGCAGAGCCUCAUCACCAGCAUCCAGAGUGUGGCCAAUGUGCAGACCAUGAGAGAGCAUGGGAAAAGGGUCAUGACACUAUCAUCCAAUGAUAAGACAGAGGUAGUGUUUAGCUCCAUCCCGGGCCAGGGUGUCAUCUACUCUGUCAUAGUCAGAGACCCAGUGCUUAACACCUCUUCCUCGUAUAUCCCUGUCCACACCUACGCCUGCAGCUUCUCCUCCACCCUGGAUGGCUGCGACACUCUGGGGAAAAUAUCCACAAGGAUCUUCUUCACCAUCGCUGGUUUAGCUGGCCUCUUCGUGUGCUUCUUUGGGCACCGCUUUUUCAAAUGUGAGCUAUUCUGUAUGGGCUUUGGCUUUGCAGCGUUUCUUUUUUUUGUCCUGAUCACAAGAACUACAAAACUGGACUAUGACAUCCGCCUGACCCUGACAGCAGUGAUUGGCGUAGUGGGGGGAGUUAUCCUGGUGAUGAGCUGGUGGCGCUUCGGCUCAGUUAUGUCCUGUGUCGUCGCCGUCGGUCUCAUGUUGGGGUUCCUCAUCUCCUCCAUUGUCUUCUUCACGCCUGUCGGUGACAUACAGGUGUUCCGUUCGAAUGUGGUGUUCUGGGUGACGUUCAGCUGCAUCGUGGUGGUGGUACCGCUCUUCUUUGUCCGAUGGCCAAGAGAGGGUAACAUCACUACGUGUGGUGUAGCUGGAGCCUAUGCUGUGGUGCUGGCUGUGAAUGCUUACAUAUAUACCAGCCUCUCCUACAUCACCCUUAACAUCCUCAAACGCUUCCUCAACGACAACUUCAGCAAGGCCUUUACUGAUGUGCCUUUCCAGGACAUUGAUUUCAUCAUGAUCACAGUGUGGGUGGUUCUGGGUGUGUCUGGUAUCGUGCUACAGCUCUACCGGGAACGCACACGGCCCUUCUUCCCCCCCAGCCCUUACCUCAUGUGGCUGCAAGAGCGGGAGCGCCGCAAGACCAACGUUCUGGACCCAAGCCACCACACGUCCUCACUCCCUUCCCGUCUCCUCGCCCGUGCCCGACAGCUGACUGGCAGGAGGGAGUCCGCUGGCGAGUGCACACCCCUCCUCCUUUAAACCCACCCACUUUACCCAGCCAGGUAGACAGAUUCACCCCACUAGGAGGGUGCUAUGGGGCAUGGGCUCUCUAUCUACAGGGGAAGCACCAUUGCGUUUGGAGUCUUAUGUAUGAUUAUGUAUGUUUUCAUGCCUUUGAUGAUGGUAACAGUCCAUUAAGGUAGUGUUUAUAUGCCUGGGGAGGAACUUUGUCACAAAGUGCACACAGAAUUUUCAAAAGAUUAUUUUCAAGCAUGAUUUGAUUCACUUCCUCAGUCUUGUGGUAUUUGGCUGCAUGUUCUUAGACGGUACUGAGGAAGUUGUUACCGCUGCCACUUAAUAUUGUGCCAAAAUAGUUGGCCACCCUCUCUCCUAGUACAUCACAGUGCCUUUAAACAACUAGGGUUACAGCAUACCAGUAUGGGCAACAUAUGUGUUUUAGUACCACUGAAUAGCACAAGAAAACAUUUGGAACAGUAAGAUGCAGACAGUCUUUUUGAAAUGGCUUUGACAGCAACAUUUGGUAGGUAGGUAUUCAUUUUAGUGUAAAAGUAAGUAUACUUUGUUUAUCUUAAUACCACUCAAUGAAAUUGGAGGGCAUAUGUCCCCCCAGUUUUAAUGGGUAUGACACCACUGUCAGGGAGUUCUGGGUAUGCCCAUUUUGGCUCCAAUGGCUGCAAAUUGUUUUUAAUGUUUUGUCAACAUUUUCGUAUGCAAACUGUCACUUUUACACCAUGUUCUAUAAAACUGAGGCCACUAUUUUUUUUCUAUUUACAAAUAUGAACAAUUACAUUUAAGAAAUAUGAGCGAUGUUUAUAUUGAAAUAACAGUUGUUGAAUCGAACAAUUAGUGGUAUGGGUGGGAACUUGCAGCAUAAAAUGUAUCCUCUCUUGAGUUCAUGGACAUAUUUGAUAGCACUCUAAAAUCAUAAACCACAAGUGGCAGGUGUAGGUGGAUCCUGAGCACUGACGUUUAUAGGAAAUGGUGAUAUAGCCAAAAUCAAAUCAAAUGUAUUUAUAUAGCCCUUCGUACAUCAGCUGAUAUCUCAAAGUGCUGUACAGAAACCCAGCCAAACAGCAAGCAAUGCAGGUGUUGAAGCACGUUGGCUAGGAAAAUCUCCCUAGAAUGACCAAAACCUAGGAAGAAACCUAGAGAGGAACCAGGCUAUGAGGGGUGGCCAGUCCUCUUCCGGCUGUCCCGGGUGGAGAUUAUAACAGAACAAGGUCAAGAUGUUCAAAUGUUCAUAAAUGACCAGCAUGGUCAAAUAAUAGGUCUGGGACAGGUAGCACGUCUGGUGAACAGGUCAGGAUACCAUAGCCGCAGGCAGAACAGUUGAAACUGGAGCAGCAGCACGGCCAGGUGGACUGGGGACAGCAAGGAGUCAUCAUGCCAGGUAGUCCUGAGGCAUGGUCCUAGGGCUCAGGUCCUCAGAGAGAGAAUUAGAGAGAGCAUACUUAAAUUCACACAGGACACCGGAUAAGACAGGAGAAGUACUCCAGAUAUAACAAACUGACCCUAGCCCCCCGACACAUAAACUACUGCAGCGUAAAUACUGGAGGCUGAGACGGGAGGGGUCAGGAGACAUUGUGGCCCCAUCCGAUGAUACCCCUGGACAGGGCCAAACAGGAAGGAUAUAACCCCACCCACUUUGCCAAAGCACAGCCCCCACACCACUAGAGGGAUAUCUUCAACCACCAACUUACCAUCCUGAGACAAGGCCGAGUAUAGCCCACAAAGAUCUCCGCCACGGCACAACCCAAGGGGGGUUUCCUGAAGUGUUGAGCAGUAGCAGGAAGAGCAAACAAGUGCCACAGCCUCUAUUGCUCUGUCAGGUGGCCUGCUGUUUAUGUUCUCUAUUGCCAGCUUUCGUUUGGUAAAGCAUUUUCAGUGUUUCCCCUAUGCCUUUUCUUUAGCAGUGGUGCAAGGGUAGCUGGGUGGGUGCAUUGCUAGUAUUGUAAGCACAAUGUCCUGCCAGCUGUUCCCAUAGACCUGCAAUCAUUGACCAAACGACUAUCCCUUUAAAAGCGCGUCUCGGCAAUUUAUUGAACCUAGGGGAAACACUAAUUUUAAGGUAGUCCAAUAUGUGUUUUGUGGGACCUUUUCUUUAGGUUAUUUCUCUCUCAUUACCCACCCAGUAUGUGCUUUGGUAUGAAAAGCUGGCUUAUUGAGGCAUUAAUGAUGUGUACAGGAGUUUGCCUGCAGUCACAUGACAUGGUUUAUUAAUGCAUUCCAUGACCGAUGUCAGUUUUUCCUCCAAAUGUUCAGUAAUAUUGAAAUUUAAGUAGAUAAUUUAAGAGAUUAUUUUCCCUCUUGUGCAAAACAACAAGGUAUCCUCAGAUGCAGUGUAAUAUCCAACCAGUGAUUUGGUGAAUACUCGCCAUUUGCACACGACAGGAUGUUGAAUUAAAAUUUGAUAGGGAAUUUAUUGAUAUUUUAUGGUUAGUAGAAUCACCUGACAGGAUUCAGAUUAGGAUUACAAUGUCAAGGAUGGGAAAGACUGAAAUGGCCAUUUCUACUUUUCUCAGUUUGCAAACCAAAACACACAGGGGUGUGAGGACACCGACAUUGUAAAAUUAUAGCCAUACUGUUGAAAUUCCUCACUAGGAAAUGCUUCUAUGCACUAAGACUACCGAUGAAGCUUUCUUAAAGGUCAAGGUUACCUUUCAGUAUUUUUCACUACAGCUCUUAGGUACUUACCUUUUCAUGUGCCAUGUCUUGUUUUAAAAUGGGUUGUUUGUCUACAGUGUUUGUUUUGUUGUGUGAGAAAUUUGAUAAAUUGUUUUUCCUAAAAA